AUGGCCAUUAUUCGCAUCCACGCUCGCCAGAUCUUCGACUCCCGCGGCAACCCCACCAUCGAGGUUGACCUGACCACCGACAAGGGACUCUUCCGCGCGGCUGUUCCCUCGGGCGCCUCCACCGGCGUCCAUGAGGCCCUCGAGCUGCGUGACGGCGGUGCCGCCUACAUGGGCAAGGCUGUCCAGAAGGCCAUCUCCAACGUCAACAAUGAGAUUGCCCCGGCGCUCAUUGAGGCCAACAUCGCCGUCGAGGACCAGACGGCCAUCGACGAGUUCAUGCUGAAGCUCGACGGCACCCCCAACAAGUCCAAGCUCGGCGCCAACGCCAUUCUCGGUGUCUCCCUGGCUGCUUCCAAGGCCGGAGCCGCUGAGAAGGGCAUCCCUCUGUACCAGCACUUCCGCGACCUGUCUGGCCGUACCAGCGAGAAGUUUGUCCUGCCUGUUCCCUCCUUCAACGUCAUCAACGGUGGCUCGCACGCCGGAAACAAGCUGGCCAUGCAGGAGUUCAUGAUUCUGCCCACCGGUGCCUCUUCCUUCUCCGAGGCCAUGCGGAUGGGCUCUGAGGUCUACCACCACCUCAAGAACGUCAUCAAGGCGAAGUACGGCCAGGACGCGACCAACGUCGGUGACGAGGGCGGCUUUGCCCCCAACAUCCAGUCGAGCGAGGAGGGCCUGGAGCUCCUCAACGAGGCCAUCGAGAAGGCCGGCUACACUGGCAAGAUCACUAUCGGCAUGGACUCUGCCGCCUCCGAGUUCUACAAGGACGGCAAGUACGACCUUGACUUCAAGAACUCCAAGUCUGACGAGUCCAAGUACCUGACGACCAAGGAGCUCGCUGACCUGUACAGCUCGUUUGCCGAGAAGUUCCCCGUUGUCACUAUCGAGGAUCCCUUUGACCAGGAUGACUGGGAGGCCUACGUCCACCUGCAGUCGACCCUGGGUCAGAAGAUCCAGAUCGUCGGCGACGACCUCUUGGUCACCAACCCCACGCGCAUCCAGACUGGUAUUGAGAAGAAGGCCUGCAACGCUCUCCUGCUCAAGGUCAACCAGAUCGGCACCAUAACCGAGUCCAUCAAGGCCGCCAACCUCUCGUUCGAGGCCGGCUGGGGCGUCAUGGUCUCCCACCGCUCGGGUGAGACCGAGGAUUCGACCAUCGCCGAUCUCGUCGUUGGCCUCGGCACUGGCCAGAUCAAGACUGGUGCCCCCUGCCGCUCCGAGCGUCUGGCCAAGUACAACCAGAUCCUACGUAUCGAGGAGGAGCUCGGUGAGAACGCCAUCUACGCCGGUGAGAACUUCCGCAAGCCCUUCUAA